GUCAUUUGUGAUGUGAUAUGAAAUUCGUCCACGGAAGUACGCGUUUGAACUGGGCGUACAUUUAGGCGCGUGCAUUGGAGCUUGUCCAGUCGACAAUACUUUUUUCUGAGCUUCGUCUUAAUCGCAACUUUAUUCAAGUCCAAAGUUCGAAGUCGUCUUUUCCGAAGCCGCCAUGUCGCACACUGUCAUCACCGCCAGCUCCACCACGACUUCCGCCUCUGACGGCGUCUUCAGCCUGGGCUACAGCAGGACCAUCCCGGGUCUGCUCAAACUGGCCCAGAUGGUGGCGCUGCUCAUUGCCUUCCUGUGCGUCCACUGUGCACGAGGGUGGCCCAAAUGGGCGGCCUUCCAGUUCUUUUAUGUGGUCUCUCUAUGGUUCCUGGUGGUCCUCCUGGUCUUCUUCCUCAUGCACUUGUUCAGACUACAGGCUAAGAUGCCGUGCAUCAACUGGCCUCUCACGGAGUUCUUCCACUACGCCGUGGGGACUGUCCUCAUCCUCAUCGCCUCCAUUGUGGCCGCGGUGAAGGCCGGAGGAGUGUCAGCGCUGGUGGCGGCGUCGGUGUUUGGCUUCAUUGCAACCUUCCUGAUGGCCGUCAGCCUGUGGACGUCUUACAGCGUGUCCUGUGGCCCCCACCAGACUGGUGCUGCCGUGUAAUGGCUGAUAGUCAUUUGAGAACAGGAUGGCUGCCUCUGCCUCUGGCUCACUUUUUUGCCUAGCAACACGCUGACAGCUGAACAAAAUUGGCUGACAAUUGGGGUUGUAGGUAUGAGGAAGUGAUCCAGGAGCAGCGUCGUUAAAAAAAAAAAAAAAAGAUGGAGGAAUGUUGCCGGUGCUCCACAGAGUCACGUUCACGUCUUUGCUAAGAACAAUGCCUCCUUCCAUCUUUGCCUCUGCUUACAAGCCUUCUACUUGACUUGAUGUUGACAGAAGAGCGCCCCCGCCCUGUUUGUGCCAUAACAACUAUAACUUCGCCAUUGUUGCUACCUUUCACUUUUAGCUGCUAGUGCUCACUUCCUGCUGCUGCUUCUCUUCCUGCUCGUACUCACUUUAGACUAUUCAAGAAUAGGACAGACUUGUGCACUCUGUCAGUCACAGAUGUCAAAAGACCAUAGGCAUGCAUGCCGCUAGCAUGCUGCUAUGUUGGAGGAAGUGUCAGCAUGCUAACAUAGCAAACAGAUGCACUUAGAAACAUCCAGUGUUCUUUUUUAAAUGAUUUGUGUUCUGUUUUGUGUUCUAUUUGAUAUUAUAUUUCUAUUUAAGAUUGUAAAUGCCUGGUCAGCAAAGGAACAACUGUUGUCUCUUGAUCGGGCAACAUCAAUAAUCUGUGCCAAUCAUCUUCAUCCCCUACGGGUCACAUGCACACGCAGCCUGUUGUCAUGGCAACACGCAGGCCGGUGUGCACGGUGCUAGUCCAACCACCAUUUCAACUUUACCACUGAGACGUUUACACAAGAGCACAUUUAUGCUCACUCAGCAACAACUCGAUUCAACAUCUGAGCAUGAAAGCACACAAUCAAGCAGACUGUUAGCAAACCGUUAGAAUUCACCAACAACUUCUACAUUACAGUAUUAUGUAUAUUUGUAUUUGUACACAACACGCUAAUACUAACCUGCUGUGCUGUGUCUCAAUUGGCGCACUUGCGUACUUACACUUAAGUCUUUUGGGUGCAUACGUGCAUUCAUGCUGAGAAGUACGGCAAAAUGCAGUGCACUGUUAGUACCCGGAUGUUGUACUCAAAACACUCAAAAUGGUGAGUGGGCAGUGAUGGACACCCCAGGUACAAGGGUCUGGGCCAGCUCUUCAUCGUUCGGGUAUUGGAGCCUGCAGGCUGGACCCUGUAGGCUAGUCACUUUAAGCUGGUGUCGAGGACAUUCGCCUGGUCGCUCACUGCCUUGUCCGGAUGUCAGCAAGGUGCCACACGCCUCCCGCGCCUGUUAAUGGCAGCUUUCCUCUAAGCGAUUUAGUCACUUUGUAGUCACCAGGGGUGUAGUUUAAUGGCUUGGAACACACGAAGGAGCCUUUGGGAGUUGGUUGUAGAAGUCCGUGGGUCUGAAGAACCAUUAAAUCUCUUAAAGGUUUUCGUCGAGCACAGAAAUGACUCUUCACUUUUUACACUCAUCAAGAACUUAUCAAAAAUGUGUGAAUGUCCACUACUGUACUUUUGAAUUGCUCAGGUAAAAAGUUUUGUUGGUGGAUUCAGCAAGGGCAGUGUAAAAAUACAAAACCACACUCAGCAAAAAAACAUCAUUGCAUGUGGUUAAAGGUUAAAAAGCACAAAAAUAAAUGUAGAGGAAAACAAAGGUACUUACAGUUACUAGAGGGAAGAAAUAGGGACGUCGUCUGCGGGUCCCGAGGUUAAGCGGUUGUUGUCCGAUUGAGCAGCAGCACUUGGUGGCACAAAGUGCUAUUAUUGCAGUUCCUUGACCUCAAAACUCUUGUAAGAAUGAUGUGCUGCCGCCAAUGCAGAGUCUCUCACGGGAGCAGCAGCUGGCUCACAUUUCCUGGAAGUGUACAGUAGUGGAUUUGGGACAACACUACACUGUCAAAAUUCACACACUCAGGAACUACUGUAAGUACUCAGGCUGGGUCUCAAUGUCAGUGCACUGCAAUAAGUGGACUGUACCGCCUACACAGUGUACUUAGCUCCUGAGUGUAUGAACCGCAAUCAUCAUUUUGAGUGUGUUGGAGAUGAAAUUCUCUGCAACCUAACAGAGGUCUCAAGGACACUAAAUGUCACCUCCACUUAUGUGUUUGUUAAUCUCCAAUUAUGAGAAGGAAUAAGACUCACACUCCAACUGACAUAGUUUACAGAAUGUAUUGAAAAUAGGACAGACAGAAUAAUUUCACAUUUCUUCGGAUAUCCGGGUCAACCGUUUCUCCUGAUGUCCUCCUGCGGCUUCCUGACCAGAAGGAGAGAGAAUCGGCCUUGAUAUCUAGUCCUCUCUGCCUUUUGUAGUUUUUUUUGUAGUUUUCCCCAGACCAUUGGCGCCACGAUAGCCCAAGAUAUCUUAUCCCUCGCAUUCGUCGGUGAUAUGUGUGUGAUGACAGAGAAUUGCGUCUUAGCUGACGUGGUAGGACUCUCAUCAGCACCUUUUUCUGUACAAAAUAACACAUGCACGCCCAGCAUAGUACAUCCUAUCUGACUGCUGUUUGUGUGAAUGCACUUUAUGUAUUUCUAUAACCUACUUAAAUAUUUACUCAUUCAGCUAACUAGUUAAUAAAUCAAUAUUAUCCUACAAGUGCAACAUCCGGGUACUGACAGUGUCCUGCAUUUUGCCGUACUUCUCAGUGUGACUGCACUCAUGCACUCAAAAGACUAAGUGUAAGUACGUAAGUCCACCAAUUAAGACACAGUAGGCCAACUGGUUUCGACCGGCUAUUGCUAAGGCAAACAUUACCAAUAUGUUGUGCAAAUUAGACAUGCUAAGUGUGCUAGAGUGCUAAAUGUGUGUUUCUACUGAUGGUUUUUGUUGCAAAAUGCGAUGUUGAUUGUACCAUGGUGAUGGCAAUUGUAAGAUGAAGAUGACUAUGACCACAUCUUCGUUACUUGUAAGAAAGAUCAAACUUUGCCUUUGUAUGAAUUAUGUUUGUUAUCACAGUAAUUACUUGUCUUUUAUUGUUUUACAAGAAGUCAUGUGACAGGCUUGACUUAGCCCCUCCUCCACAUUUACCUGUGUGAAUGUUUUUGUCAUUGUUUGUAUGCAAUGAGCCUCUACUGAGGUUCUAGUUUGGAUGUCUUCUCCAAAGUGCCUUAAUUCGCCACUUGUUGGAACCGGCUAGCAGCUAGCUACACGCUAACAUGCUGUCUUGUGUUGUUUUCUAUUUUCUAUUGGUACCUUGUCAUGUGUAGUCCAGUCAAACAGCCUAGCACCAAACUCAUCGCUCCUGAAUGUCAAAAUAAAGGCAGUCAUAAUCACGUCACCAGACAUCUGCAUUAGAUGAC